CUAGGGCUCUUCACUAUGAGUCUUCCUUUUGUUAUUCUUAAAACUCAUUGUCUGGAACUAGCAAAGCAUAUUGUCUUUAGCAUUAGAUGCAUAUCACACGCUGCAGUAGCAACACGUUUCUUUUCCUAUAUUUACUUUUUCAAUACUGGACUAGAACUUAUCGAGAAAAAAUACUGGAGUAGAAGUCACUCAUUUCUAUGUUUAUAUUAUGACUAUAUCCUCCAUGGACAGUUCUGUGGGAAAGUACACAGCUGCUUUGAUGUUGGAGGUGAGAGUUCUGCUCUCAUUGCAGCCGGUGCUUCUGACCCCAUUCUUAGGAUAUGGGAUCCUCGUAAACCAGGAACUUCUGCUCCGGUCUUUCAGUUCUCAUCUCACACUUCUUGGGUUUCUGCUUGCAAGUGGCAUAAAAAAUCUUGGUUUCAUUUAGUUUUUGCAUCCUAUGACGGGAAAGUUAUGUUAUGGGAUCUAAGAACUGCGUGGCCUUUGGCUGUCAUUGAAUGUGUUGAAAAUCCAUCAAGUGUGAAUUGUCAUUUGAUUUUACAGCCAGCCACUCAUCCACCGAAAGUCUUUGAUAGCAAAUAUUGA